GAUUGUAUCGUGAACACUUCAGAGUGUAGGCGGAGUCGAGCAAUAGUGAGCACUGCACUUCUCGUUUUGUUUUUCUAGUAUGCUCUCUAGAUUUCAAGACACAGCCACACUGUGUGUAAGCGCGUUUCUUCUACUUUCACUUAUAACUCCACAAACUAUCUUUCUAUUUUUAUUAUUUUAAGCUUUUUUCAAAAUAUUAUCAGCAAGAUUAGACACAGCGUGGUUGAUAAACACGCGGAAAAAGCGCAGUUUCCGGGUGUUUAAGGGGGAAACCCGUGGUGUUUUUCGACCGUGGGUAUAUCACCAAAAAGUCAAAAGCAUAUCAACAUGUCAUCAUAACGUGCUGCUGGUACAGACUCUUCAUCUUAACCCCUAUAAUGGCUUCUGGUUCAGCUUCAGACCCGUCGUUAAACGGUGUUUCGUCCACACCGGAUGAGAACGAGUAUCCGUCAGGUUUCCCUCAGAGCAUCUGCGAUGAGGUGCCGAAAGAUAAAUACUUGUGUAGCAACUGCAAUAAUGUUUUGAAUAAAGCGCGUCAAACGGUGUGCGGUCACCGAUACUGCCUCGCCUGCGUCAACUGGCUGGUCAGAAACAACAAGGACCUAGUGUGCACAAAAUGUAAAGGAGAGGAUUCCAAUGUUGAGAGUGACACUAGCGUACUGACUCCUAACCAAUUCUUCAAUGAUGUGGCUAUCAAUAAGGAAAUUUUGGAUCUGAAAGUUCACUGUGCUAACCAAGGCUGCCCCUGGAGAAGCACCCUAAAAAAUUUUGAGGACCACCAGAGUCAGUGUGAAUAUGCCCUGAUCCCUUGUAACAUUGGCUGUGGCAUAAUGGUUCAGAGGAAGACACUGGCCACACAUCUGGAAAGCGGCUGUCCCAACAACAAGACCGCCUGUCCCUCCUGUACAAGUGUUCUGACACCCAGAGAACUCCAGAAGCAUGUAUGUCCCAGUUCUGGUGAUAAGAAGACAGCAAAGACGGAUAAAAAGCAAAAGAAUAAUCAGCCGGCCAACUCAAAAAAGAAAGAACCAUGCAUUUUCUCAGACGUUGGUUGUCCUUUUAAGGGCAACCCAGACAAAGUAAAAGAACAUGAGUCUUGCAGUCAUGCGGGUCACCUGCAGCUUCUACUGGACGUGACCAGGGCUCUUCAGCGAACACUGAACUCAGCAACUGAGCGAGUCUACCAGGACAGCCCUGUUUUUCUUGAGCCUGGACCAAAUGGCUCUUCACUCGCUCCUCAGGCUGAUGGUGACAUAGAAACGGAUGGAGGAGAUCCGGGAGUGAGUGACAAGGCCUUCAGCCUCCACGAUGAUCAGGUUGAGCUCGCCGCCGGCCAGCAGCUGGACGCCCUGCAGCAAAAAGUGCAGGUCAUAGAGAACAUCAUUUCCGCUCUGAACCGAGAGGUAGAGAAGACACAGAUCAGUGUGGUGGCAAUGAAUAGAGACCAUUGCAACAGCCAGCAGAUCAUUCAGCAUUUGGAAGCUACGGUAGCGGAGCUGCAGCAGAGGCUGGUCAGGAAAGACAUUCUCAUCAGUUCUUUGCAGCAGUCUAUCAGCGCCCAGCAGGACGUCUCGUAUGAUGGCACCUUUUACUGGCGGGUGUGUGAUGUCAGCCAGAAACAGAGAGAGGCUGCCAACAGCCAAAAGAUCAGUCAGUACUCACCAGCUUUCUACACCGCCAGGUAUGGAUUUAAAGUGUGUUUGCGGCUCUAUUUGAACGGAGACGGAGCUGGAAAGGGAUCACACAUCUCUCUUUUCUUUGUUAUAAUGAAAGGAGAAUAUGACCCCAUUCUCUCAUGGCCAUUCAAACACAAGGUAACGUUCUUCCUCCUAGAUCAAAACCAGAGGGAGCACGUCAUCGAUGCUUUCCGUCCCGACCUGUCCUCCAUGUCUUUCCAUCAGCCUGUCAGUGAUAUGAAUGUGGCCAGCGGCUGCCCCCUGUUCUUCCCUCUGAAGAAACUGAGGUCGCCCAAACAUGCUUACUGCAAAGACGACACCAUCUACAUUAAGUGCGUGGUGGACACCUCUUCCUGAAGCACCCAGGUAAUGGGGACGGGACACAUACUGUACAAGAGCAGAAAAAAACUGGAUCUGAGGAGAACUGUAGAAGAACAAACCGCCAAAUAUUCAUGAGCUGAAAAGUUUCAUCUUUUAGUGCAUGAAUAAAAUCAUAUUUUUUAGAUUGACACCUGGCUCUUAAUGUUUUAAACAUGGAUUCUUU